AUGUUGUCUGCCAUGCGCCAGUUACUCUGGCUCGCCUGCGCCGUCGGCGUCUUGGCUGGACCCUACAAUACUUUUGACGGUCCUGGCUUCCCUGCCUGCAACGAUGUCGCCUCUGUACACAACGUUACCAGCGUCGACGAAAUGGUUAGCAUUGUCAAGGAAGCCGCUGCAAAUGGUACUCCCGUUCGUGCUUCCGGAAAAGGCCACAUGUGGUACGAUACAAUGUGUCAAGACGACCCGCGCACCGUCAUCAUUCGCACAGAGUACACCAACGGCAUCUCGGACCUGCAGCUCGAAGCGGGCGCCGACUCGGGGUCCGUGGUGAUCGAGGCAGGCGUCACGUUUCUGCAGCUGGCCGAGUGGCUGCACGAGCGCAACGCCUCCAUCGGCUACACCCUGGUCAACUGGAACAUAUCCAUGGCCGGCGCCGUGGCCAUGGGCGCGCACCGCUCCUCGAUCCGCGAAGACUCCAUGGUCGCGGCGGGCGUGCUCUCGCUGGAUAUCAUUAAUGGCAAUGGUGACAUUGUCACGGUGGAGCGCGACGAGAGUAAUGAUGAUUGGUUGGCGGCGUCGACUUCGCUGGGUUUGUUGGGCGUCAUUGCGAGGAUGAAGUUCAAGAUUUAUCCCGACUUCAAGGUCUUUGCUAAACAGGACAUAUAUGACGAGGAUGACGUACUUAAUGGUGAUAUCUAUGGCAUGAUUGCACCGUAUGCAACUGCAAACUUCUGGUGGUGGCCCUACCUGAAGAAGUUCCACCACCGCUACUACGACGAGGUCCCCACGACGCUCAGCGACCAGCAGGGCUUCCAGAACACCUUCUCGCUGACAGACAUUGAAGCGGGCGCCGCCAUUGCGCUGCUCAACAGCGGCAAGUACCUCGAGACGUCCAACGAGCUGGCCGAGACGACCUUUUUCACGCUCUGGAGCGCGCCCAACUUUCACGAAAAGGAGACGGACGCGACCAUUCUCUUCUGGCCCGUCUACGGGUGGAACUACGACGUGCUCAUUGGCGGGCUGUACCCGGGCCAGAAGCCCGAGUGGGAGUACGGCCUGCACGGGCUGACGCUCGAGCUCGCCUUCCCCGUGACCCAGGCCAACGCCAUGCUCAAGCGCGUGCGCCAGUUCUUUGACGACGAAAAGACGGAGCGCGGCAUCACCAUGACGAGCACGUAUCGCUCCGGCAUCAAUAUCAAGUUUGGCAAGCCCUACUAUGACUUCUUGGGCCAGGUCACGUACAAUACCAGUGAUGGUGCCGAUUGGACCCAGGGCGCCAUCAUGUUUGAUUUCCCCCACUUCAAGCCCAGUGUUGGUGAUGGAGAGCCCUAUAAUGCUGAUUUUUACCCGAGAUUGGCCAAUGUCCUCAUCAACGAGUUCCCAUGUCGUCCGCACUGGACCAAGAACACGCGUGAAGUGUUUGGCAAUGCCACCAAGAACCUUGACCCGUCGCAUCUCUCACGCUUCAAGGCUGUUCGCGAAAAGUUCGACCCCAACGAGACUUUCAAGAGCAUUGUCGGGGAGAUUCUGGGUUUAUACGACUAG